UAGUGUACACAUAAUUCUUAUCUGUCACUUCUAGUACUGUACAAUUUGUGUACAUAUAUAUACCACACAAGUAGAAGCUCCAGGGGACAAGACAGAGUUUUGGAAAUGGCUGUCUCUAGAUUUAUGCAUGAUUGGACUCAGCUUUUUGUGGUGCUGACUUUGGCUGGAGCUGCAUUGGCUAGGCAUCAGUUCAGUGAGCUAAGCUAUGAGGUCAAGGCUCAGCAAGAGGCUGACCGGAUUAUCGAGCUCCCGGGGCAGCCUCAGGUGAGUUUCAAGCAGUAUUCAGGGUAUGUUACUGUCAAUGAAAGCCAUGGAAGGGCACUGUUUUAUUGGUUUUUUGAAGCUACACAUUUGCCUGAAAAGAAGCCUCUUCUUCUUUGGCUUAACGGAGGGCCUGGAUGUUCGUCGAUAGGGUUUGGAGAAGCAGAGGAGUUGGGUCCUUUUCUCUCGCAAAAAGGCAAACCAGAGCUUAAAUUCAACAACCACGCUUGGAAUAAAGCGGCAAAUUUGUUGUUCCUGGAAGCUCCAGUUGGAGUUGGAUUUUCUUACACAAAUACAAGUAGCGAUAUCAAACAGCUUGGCGAUAAAAUUACAGCCAAGGACUCAUACGUGUUUCUGGUGAACUGGUUUAAGAGGUUCCCGCAAUUCAAGUCCCAUGAAUUCUACAUUUCAGGAGAGAGUUAUGCAGGUCACUAUGUUCCUCAACUUUCUGAGAUCAUAUUUGACAAGAACAUGUAUGUUCCGAAGAAUGAGUACAUAAACUUCAAGGGCUUUAUGAUUGGAAAUGCAUUGAUGGACGACGAAACUGAUCAGAAAGGAAUGGUGGAUUAUGCAUGGGACCAUGCUGUGAUAUCUAAUCACGUCUAUGACGAAAUUAAGCUUGAAUGCAACUUUAGUAAUGAGAAUUCAACAGCUGCCUGUGACGCUGCCAUAGAAAAAUAUUUCGAUGUUUACAAGAUUAUAGACAUGUACAGCUUGUAUGCCCCAACAUGCUUCGACAGCAACACCACCAGGACUAAUAAGCAGUUUCCAGUGAUCCAUGGCAUCGCCCCUCGUUUAUUCUCCAAGCAGAAAGGAUGGCACCAGAAGCCAGCAGGUUAUGACCCUUGUUUAUCAGAGUAUACAGAAGUGUAUCUGAACAGAGCUGAUGUUCAAAAGGCACUUCAUGCUAAUGUAACCAAAAUGUCUUAUCCAUGGACUCACUGCAGUGAUACCAUAACAGUUUGGAAUGACGCACCAGAGUCCACACUACCAGUGAUCCGAAAGCUUGUGAAUGGAGGUCUUCGCGUUUGGGUCUUCAGCGGAGAUACUGAUGGAAGAAUACCAGUAACAUCAACAAGGUUAACUCUGAAGAAGCUAGGACUCAAGACAGUUGAAGAUUGGAGUCCUUGGUACACCAGCUAUGAGGUUGGAGGAUGGACAGUAGAGUAUGAAGGACUGAUGUUUGUGACAGUAAGGGGAGCUGGUCAUCAAGUUCCGACAUUCAAGCCCAAACAAGCUUUACAACUAGUCGAGCAUUUCUUGACCAAUAAGAAGCUGCCAGCUGCACCGUUUUAACUAUUUUAUUGUACUUCCUUCAGAAAGCAAAGGAGAAGGAAAAUAGGGUCCAUUCUUUCCAAAUUGAGCAAUUUAUAUAAAAUGAAAAUUUGGAAUGAACGGUAUAAUUGAGCAAUUUAUAUACAAAAAUUGGUGGAUGUGAA